AUGCAGCCUUUUACCACCAAAGCUGCAGAAGCCGCCCACGGCGCCAAGCUCUUUCAGGUCCCCCAAUGCCACAUGGCCAGUGUCAUGUCUCAGAGGGCUUUUGGGUAUCCGUACGGUGUGGAUUCUCAUGCAUUCACUGCAACCUCCUGUGAAGCUGAACCAAAAGAACGUCAGAGUUUCCAUGGCUGUGCCGGUAAAAUGGUUUUCCGGCCUGCGCCUUUGCCAUACAGCCGAACAUGGGACGAACAGGAUUGGAAGGACAUUGUCACAUUGACUUUUGAUGAUCACCAACACUGGACGAACGUUCAGCCUAGGAGCACCAUCUCCGUUCAGAUGCUGAUUCUCGUGUUGACCUCUUGUCCUCUUCAAAUUCGAACGUUUGAUCUGCCGAACGUUGAGACCACACCUUGUGAUCAUGGAAGGGCUGAAAAGGAGCCUCUUUGA